GGGAAGGGGAGGUGGGCGGGGACCGGGGCUGACGGAAAGUGGUGACUGGAAUGGGCGUGACUAAUUGAAGUGGCGGUACCGUGGUGGUCGUUUCGAAAUCGGGAGGGAAGUACUAUCAUGGCGAACCUGUCCAGCCUCAUUCACGAACUCCGCGAGCGCAUCGCUGCUUCAUCCUCUUCGCCUCCAAGUAACGGUGACGAUGAUCCUCUGGAAUCCAGAUUUCGUGCAGUUCUUCCUAAUCUCCUCCAAGCUUACGUUGUCCCUUCUCCCACAGCCAGCGAGAGAGAAGUCAUUGCAGUACUUAAGCUCCUGUCUCAGACCACGCGGAUUUUCCCUGGUGUAUUUUUUCAUGGGAAGGCCGCUGCUGUUCUCCCGGUCAUUGGCCGUGUUUUGCCUUUCUUUGCUGAACCUGCAUUUCGCUCACGCCAUGGAGUGAUUUUUGAGGCAGUUGGAUCCCUUCUAUCCUUGCUCCGUACAGGAGAACGAGAAGCAUACCGCCAGUUCUUCUACGAUGCCAUGUUGGUGGUUGAAGACCUUUUAUAUAUCGCACUGGCCUAUUCUGAAAAUUUGGGCACCACAGCUUCCACUAGAGUGUCUUUGAAGUGUUUCUGUGAGUCCUUUAGAGGAAUUUCCGGAGUUCCAUUUCUCUUAAGUGACCUUCCUGCUUGUUGCAAAGCUACGGAUGGCCCUGGUAUUUUGAUUGACCUGACAGAUAAAUCAAGGUGGCAAUCUUUUGCAACUUGGACCGUCAAGCUUCUCAGCAAAUGCCUGACUGAUGGAACUCUCUAUGUGGAAGGGCUCAUCAGUGCCUCAUUUGUUUCUGCUACAUGUAAUCUUCUAUGCUAUGGGGAUGCUGCUAUGCAAAUGGCAUGUUUCGACUUUGCACGCAUCACAACGUUGGUUAUGGAUGCUGAAAUUGUUCCUAGUGAGAAAUUUAUUCGGUCAAUAUCUUCCAUACUAGGUGAAGAUGACAGUGAACUUCCAGCAUUCAGAAGCAUGGUUUAUGAUUCCUCCAUGGGCACUUGCCUUCAUGCACUGCACUCUAGUUGCCCAGAUGAUGUUGUUGAGUUCACAGCGGGGGAUUUAAUCAGUAUUUUUCCUAAAUCAAUACAGAGCACUGACAGCCCUGAGCUUAAGGUUGCAAUGUGUAGUGCAUACAUAAGGGUAGCCAAAACCUGCCCCCCUCAUAUAUGGAAGCCAGAAACCCUUGUCAACAUGCUCUGUUUUGCAGAACCUUGCUUGGCUUUGAUAGAUUGCAUACGAGUAGCCAUAUGUAUACUAGGUCCUGAUCGAGUUGGUGGAGUGAUUAAUAAUGGUACUGUGGGGGCUCCAAGUGCAGGAAUUGAGAGCUCAAGGGUUGGAGAGAAGAGGCCUGCUAAGGGCCAGGAAAAUUUGAAGAUUAAGCGCCAGAAAAUAGACGAGGGAACACUGGUUUGCAAUGCUAAUGUUCUGACAUCGGAAGAACCUACUUCUAUAUUUACAUGUGAAGAAGACAAAGAGUGUGCAGAUUGUAUGCAGGGAUUGCUUCUUUCAUAUGUUGACCUUCUAAAACCUAACAGCACUAAAACUAACUGUUUGAGACCAGAAACUGCAAUAACAAGUCUUAGCAUGCUUUGCCUUGUGUUUUGCAACUACCCUCAGACCAGUCUUUCUCUGUGCAUCGUUCAGCAAAUGCCUGCUUGGAUUCCUUGGAUACUUAAGCAGACAAAGGAAAGAAGUACUGUUACAUUUGAUCUAUCCAUUUAUUUGGAAGCAGUCCAUAGCAUGUUGCUUUUGCAAAGUUCCCUCCCCUUGGAGAAUAAGCUUUUCAGAAACACAGGGCUUGAUGUGGAUCUUACAAAUUUUGUUCUAAAGCUUCCAUGGACCCAUUCCCAUGUCGUUGCACAAGCUCAUCAUCUAUGGAAGAUGAAGUGCCUUUCUAUUCAAGUUCUUUCCAAAAUUGGAGUGAGAUUAAAAUGUGAAGGAGAUCUUGAGGUCUUGGAUUUGGCUCUUCAUGAUGAAGUCGAAGAGGUUAGAGCCGAAGCUGUUAUUUCUUUGCCAAUGAUUGUCAUCUGGUCAGGUCUUGGUCUCCUGGCUGAUAUCUUCAGAAGGCUAGAGUUCCUAAUGGAAGAAAGGCAUGACCAAGUGAAUAAGAUCAUUCCCUUGUCAAUUGGAUACUUGGCAUGCCUUUAUGGAUCUUAUAAUGCCAUUGAUGAUGAGGACAGAGUUGGAUGCAGAUUGAUCUUAAGUGGUGACAGUCGGGCAGAGCAUCAGACACAGGAUAAUCUCUUGCGAGGAUUUUGUUGCCCAACGUGUGACAAAAGAGUAAUAUGUGGUCAUGAGAGAGAUCCUAAAAUUAUUUUUCUGCCCGACUUGCAUAGCAUAGAGGCUGGUUUGUGCUUCAAUUUUUUUAAUAUACAGUCUCUUUUUUUUAAACUUCUGUUUGAUGAUUCAUCUGAAGAAGUUCAAGUUGCAUGUGUGGGCAUCCUUCCACGGAUCCUCAUGCAUGGGACAAGAGAUAUUCUGUUUCAAACAAGGUCUCAAUGGAUUCAGUGUAUUGAAGUUCUGCUCCUUCAUAGAAAGAAGGCUGUAAGAGAAGCGUUUUGUGGGCAGAUUAGUUGCUUCCUUGAGGACUCUAUCUUGAACUGUUUAUUUAUGGAUGGGGAGGCUUCAAAUAAAACAAAAGAACAGAAAUUUUUAGACAAAAUAAAACAUGCUUUGGUGGAAGCCGAAGAUGCUCAGCUGUUUGAGACACUUUUGGAAUCAACUGCAGAAAUUAUGAAUGCAGUUGAUGUCCACAUGCAACUUUUCUUCUUUGCACUUAUUCUAUUGGUUGAUCAGCUUGAUAAUCCACAUUUGGCUGUGAGAAUAACCGCAACAAAGUUAAUACAGAGAUCCUGCCACUUCCAUCUCAAGGGAGGAUUUGAACUGCUACUUUCCAAAGUUGUUCAUAUUCGUAAUGCACUGUUUGAUUAUUUAUGUGCUAGGCUGUUGAGCCGCCCAAUAAUGGUCAGAGAAUUUGCAGAAACUGUUGUUGGUGUUGAGAUUCAAGAACUGGUCAAGAAAAUGGUUCCUGUUGUUCUUCCAAAGCUAGUGGUCACUCAGCAAGAUAAUGAUGAAGCGGUUCUUAUCUUACAUGAGUUGGCUAAGUAUUUGAACAUGGAUAUGGUGCCACUGAUAGUUAAUUGGCUACCAAAAGUGCUUGCCUUUGCUCUUCUUCAUGCUGACAGAAAAGAGUUAUCCUCUGCCUUGCAGUUAUACCAUGUUCAGACUGGAUCUGACAACCAAGAAAUUUUUGCAGCUGCAUUACCUGCACUGCUCGACGAACUUGUGUGCUUUCUUGGUGAUGGUGAUUCAGACGAGACUAACAAAAGAUUAAAAAGAGUCCCUCAGAUGAUACAAGAAGUUGCUAGAGUUCUUACAGGCUCUGAUGAUCUUCCUGGGUUUUUAAGGAAUCAUUUUGUUGGCCUUCUUAACAGCAUCGAUAGGAAGAUGCUUCAUGUAGAAGAUCUACUGCUGCAGAAACAGGCCUUGAAACGCAUAGAAAUGCUGAUUGAAAUGAUGGGUUCUCACGUAAAUACUUUUGUGCCAAAAGUCAUGGUUCUUCUUAGGCAUGCCAUUGAAAAAGAAAUGCUCCACAGCGAGGGUCUCUCAGUCUUGCAUUAUUUCAUCAGACAGUUGAUACAGGUAUCUCCAUCCAGCAUUAAACAUGUAAUCUCUCAGGUCUUUGCAGCCCUUAUUCCUUUCUUGGAGCGAUAUAAAGAAAAUCCUUCUUUACAAUUGAAUAAAGUUGUCGAGAUCUUGGAAGAACUUGUGGUUGAGAACAGGGUUCUCCUAAAGCAGCAUAUCCGGGAGCUUCCUCUGUUGCCAAGCAUUCCUGUCCUAGCUGAAGUAAAUAAAGUUAUACAAGAAGCACGGGGUUCAAUGACAUUGAAAGAUCAACUCCGAGAUCUUGUUGAUGGUCUGAAUCAUGAGAGCUUAAAUGUGAGGUAUAUGGUGGCCUGCGAACUGAGCAAACUGUUGAACCUAAGAUGGGCAGAUGUCACAGCCAUUAUAGCUGGGGAAGCUGGUUCAGAUCUGGAUGUUCUGAACUCUUUAAUUGCAUCAUUACUUAGGGGGUGUGCAGAAGAAUCAAGGACUGCAGUGGGACAGAGGCUGAAGUUGGUCUGUGCUGAUUGUCUGGGAGCGCUUGGUGCUGUGGACCCUGCAAAAGUGAAGGGGUUUCCAUGUCAACGCAUGAGGAUUGAAUGCUCAGAUGAUGACCUCAUCUUUGAAUUGAUCCACAAGCAUCUAGCUAGGGCAUUCAGGGCUGCAUCUGAUACGAUUGUCCAAGAUUCUUCUGCGUUGGCCAUACAGGAACUGCUAAAGAUUGCAGGUUGCGAGCCAUCACUUGAUGAGAAUGUUGCAGCUUCAACAUCACAAACACGGAAGGGAAAGGAACCUCUGAAGCCCCCCCUGUCUGGCAUUAGGAUCACAAAUGACUGCAACGAGAUGAAUAAUAGGGGUCAGAGAUUGUGGGACCGUUUUUCUAACUAUGUUAAAGAGAUUAUUGCUCCAUGCCUGACCUCAAGAUUUCAACUGCCAAAUGUGUCUGAUUCUUCAUCUCUGGGCCCAAUCUACCGGCCUUCAAUGUCGUUCAGGAGAUGGAUAUUCUUUUGGAUCAGAAAGUUGACUGCGCAUGCAACUUCUCGUGCAAGUAUUUUUAAUGCAUGCCGAGGUAUUGUACGACAUGACAUGCAAACAGCGAUGUACCUGCUGCCCUAUUUGGUUCUCAAUGUUGUUUGCCACGGUACUGAGGAGGCACGCCAUGGUAUAACAGAGGAAAUACUUUGUGUCCUCAAUGCCGCAGCCUCAGAAAACAGUGGGGCUGUGGUCCAUGGAAUUAUUGGUGGCCAAAAUGAAGUUUGCAUUCAAGCUGUGUUCACUCUUCUUGAUAAUCUUGGGCAGUGGGUGGAUGAUGUCAAACAGGAAAUUGCUCUUUCUCAGUCUAUUCAUUCUUCUGUUUCUAAGCAACAAACAGUCAAAACAAAUGGUCAAACUAUGGAUCCUUUGAGAGUUCCAGAUCAACUCUUGAUUCAGUGUAAUAAUGUCUUGGAACUGUUGGGUGCAAUUCCAAAGGUUACCCUUGCCAGGGCUUCUUUUAGAUGUCAGGCUUAUGCGAGGUCUUUAAUGUACUUUGAGUCACAUAUAAGGGGGAAGUCAGGCUCUUUCAAUGCAGUAGCUGAGAGAAGUGGUGACUUUGAGGAUGAAGAUGUGUCGUUUCUGAUGGAGAUAUACAGUGGCUUGGAUGAGCCUGAUGGCCUAUCUGGCUUGGCACAUCUUCGGAAAUCAUCAAGCUUAUAUGACCAGCUCUUAAUCAACAAAAAGGCAGGCAACUGGGCAGAAGUCUUGACUUCCUGUGAGCAGGCUUUACGAAUGGAACCCAUUUCAGCACAGAGGCAUUCAGAUGUGCUUAACUGUUUGCUAAAUAUGUGCCACCUUCAGGCCAUGGUUACUCAUGUAGAUGGCCUAAUAUCAAGGAUUCCUCAGUACAAAAAGACUUGGUGUAUGCAAGGGGUGCAGGCAGCUUGGAGACUUGGCAGGUGGGACCUAAUGGACGAAUACCUUUCUGGGGCUGAUGAAGAAGGUAUACUCUGUACUGGUGCUGAGAAUAAUGCUUCCUUUGACAUGGAUGUAGCCAAGAUUCUCCAGGCAAUGAUGAAGAAAGACCAGUUCUCUGUUGCUGAGAAAAUUGCCCAGUCUAAACAAACUUUACUUGCACCUCUGGCUGCUGCUGGCAUGGACUCCUACAUGCGAGCAUACCCAAUUGCAGUGAAGCUCCACUUGCUACAUGAACUGGAAGACUUUCAUGCUCUCCUUUUCAAUGAAUCUUUCUUGGAGAGAGCAUUCCAUUUAGAUGACUCAAGAUUCUCAAAAAUGGUAGAAAACUGGGAUAAUCGGCUUAGAUUUACACAACCAUCUCUCUGGGCAAGAGAGCCACUAUUGGCUUUCAGGAGGCUGGUAUUUGGUGCUAGUGGCCUCAGCACACAUGUUGGAAGCUGCUGGUUACAAUAUGCAAAGUUAUGUCGUUCUGCUGGCCAUUAUGAGACAGCCAAUCGGGCAAUCUUAGAAGCCCACACUUCAGGUGCACCCAAUGUGCACAUGGAGAAGGCUAAGCUUCUUUGGGACACCAGACGAUCUGAUGGUGCCAUUGCAGAGCUACAGCAAUCCCUUUUGAACAUGCCUGUUGAUGUUGUUGGUUCUGCUGCAAGUUCAUCAAUUAGUAGCCUUUCACUGGUCCCACUGAACCAAGCUUCUGCUUCUACUAUUCAAGCUUCAAGUGAUACUGGAGUUGUUGCCAAGACCCUCCUCUUAUAUUCAAGAUGGAUCCAUUACACUGGCCAGAAGCAGAAAGAAGAUGUGAUAAAUCUAUAUACCAGAGUGAGGGAACUGCAGCCGAAGUGGGAGAAGGGAUACUUCUAUAUUGCUAAGUACUAUGAAGAUGUGCUUGCUGAUGCCAGAAAGAGACAGGAAGAGAACCUUGAACCAGGUUCAAGAAUUGGUGUACCAACUUAUGUUGUUGCAGCUAAUGUAAAUUCAAAUACUGAGAAGGCUUGGUGGUCUUACCUCCCUGAUGUGAUGCUAUUUUAUGCCAAGGGGCUUCAUAGGGGCCACCGAAAUCUCUUUCAAGCACUUCCAAGGUUGUUGACCUUGUGGUUUGACUUUGGGAGCAAAUAUCCCAGAGCUGGUUCAUCAUCUAAUAAAGAUUUGAAAACAGUACAUGGGAAGGUUAUGAGCAUCAUGCGAGGCUGCUUUAAGGAUUUGCCAACAUAUCAGUGGCUAACAGUUCUGUCUCAGUUGGUUUCUAGAAUUUGUCAUCAGAAUGAAGAAAUUGUGCGGCUUGUCAAACUUAUCAUUACCUCCGUUCUCCGUGAUUAUCCACAGCAAGCUCUUUGGAUUAUGGCAGCAGUUUCAAAGUCUACAGUUCCUGCAAGGCGAGAAGCAGCUGCUGAGAUCAUGCAAGCUGCACGUAAGGGGUCACACCAAGGAAAUGAUGGAAGCAAUUUGUUUGUUCAGUUUGGUAGCCUGAUUGAUCAUCUCAUUAGAUUGUGCUUCCAUGCGGGUCAGCCAAAGGCAAGGACCAUCAACCUCUCAACUGAGUUUAGUGCCUUGAAGCGGAUGAUGCCACUGGGAAUCAUAAUGCCCAUCCAAGAAGCUCUUACUGUCACUCUACCAACAUAUGAUACAAACAUUACUGACCAACUAAAGUUUGGUAUAUUCUCAGCCACAGAUAUUCCUACCAUAUCAGGAAUAGCUGACGAGGCGGACAUCCUUUCAUCUCUUCAGAGGCCCAAGAAGGUUAUUUUUCUUGGUAGUGAUGGUGUUGAACGUCCUUUCCUCUGCAAACCAAAGGAUGACCUCAGGAAAGAUGCACGCAUGAUGGAAUUCACUGCAAUGAUAAACCGUCUACUGUCCAAAUACCCUGAGAGCCGCCGGAGGAAGCUCUAUAUCCGCACGUUCGCUGUAAUCCCACUAACAGAAGACUGUGGUAUGGUAGAGUGGGUGCCACACACUUGUGGAUUGCGAAAUAUACUUCAGGACAUCUAUAUAACAUGUGGGAAAUUUGAUAGGCAGAAGACAAACCCUCUGAUUAAGCGGAUAUAUGACCAGUGUCAGGGUAAGAUGCCGGAAGAUGAGAUGCUGAAAACUAAAAUCCUUCCAAUGUUCCCUCCGGUCUUCCACAAAUGGUUCUUGACCACGUUUUCUGAGCCAGCUGCUUGGUUCAGGGCACGGGUUGCUUAUGCGCAUACUACUGCUGUUUGGUCCAUGGUUGGGCAUAUUGUGGGUUUGGGUGACAGACAUGGUGAGAACAUCCUCUUUGAUUCCACAACUGGUGAUUGCGUUCAUGUUGAUUUCAGUUGUUUGUUUGACAAAGGCUUGCAGUUGGAGAAACCUGAGUUGGUCCCAUUCAGGCUAACCCAGAACAUGAUUGAUGGAUUGGGAAUUACGGGAUACAAGGGAAUUUUCUUGAGGGUCUGCGAGAUCACGCUUUCAGUUCUCAGAGCACACAGGGAGACCCUAAUGAGUAUUCUUGAAACUUUUAUUCAUGAUCCCCUUGUAGAGUGGACAAAGUCUCACAAGUCCAGUGGUGUAGAAGUUCAGAAUCCCCAUGCUCAGAGGGCUAUCAGCAACAUUGAAGCACGGCUGCAAGGAGUUGUGGUUGGUGUUGGUGCUGCACCAUCUUUGCCUUUAGCUGUAGAAGGUCAGGCUCAUCGUUUGAUUGCUGAAGCUGUAUCUCACAAAAACCUCGGGAAGAUGUACAUAUGGUGGAUGCCUUGGUUCUAGUAAUUUCUAUUUGCUGAUAAGGUUUUGAAAGUUCUAAUCAGGCGAUAGGUAUGUUGUAUUUUUCCAUUACCUUCUUUCAUUAUGGCUGUGUUUGAUUCCCAGUGCCACUACCAAAGAUUUUUUGUUGUAACCUUUUGAGUGGGCGAGGGAAGUUGUCAAGUUUAUUAUUCAAUUAAUCUAGUAGUUCAAUCUUCUAAAUU